CCAAUGUCUUCUGGCUGUCCACCACAAUCACCUGCUGUUGCAAAGUCUGAGGUAGCUGUGGAGGGAGAAUGUCCUCUGCUGGCUGCCACCUUCGCCUACUGGGACAACAUCCUGGGUCCACGUGUCCGCCACAUCUGGGCACCGAAGGGCGAUCAGAUGAUGUUCCUCAGCGAUGCAGAGGUCACCUUUCUGGCCAACCACACACUCAAUGGGGAGAUUCUGAGAAGUGCGGAGUGUGGUGCCGUGGAUGUGAAGUUCUUUGUCCUGGCAGAGAAGGGCGUCAUCAUCGUGUCUCUUAUCUUUGAUGGCGAGCUGAAGGGGGAUAAGAAUACGUGUGCCUUGUCCAUCAUCCUGCCUCAGACAGAGCUGGCCUUCUACCUGCCGCUGCACGCCAUCUGCGUGGAGAGACUAAAGCACGCAAUCCGCAAAGGACGCAUCUGGAUGCAGAAGGGCUACAAUAUCAUCUCAGUGCUGAGCUUAGAGAUUUCCCCAAUCAUGGAGCUGUUGGCCUCGAUGAAAUCACACAGUGUGCCUGAAGAUGUAGAUAUAAAAGACACGGUGCUAAAUGAUGAUGACAUCGGGGACAGCUGCCACGAGGAUUUCCUCCACAAGUAA